AGAGUGACUACCAGAGAGACAAAUAGCCGCUUUCAACCCAGUUCUAAACCAUUACAAAAACAAAGAUCUUACCAUAUCCGUCUAUAAACAGAAAACAAAAUGUCCGACAACGUCUCCGGCGCCGCCAAAACAGUGACCUCCACCCUGGGCAACGCCUUCGGCGGCGUCUCUCGCACCGUCGGGGGCGUCACGGGCGCAGCGGGCCGUGGCAUCGGCGACACCAUCAACAGCACGACGGGCAGUAUGGGCAAGUCGGUGGGCAAUGCCGUGGGGAGUUUGGGGAGUGGGGUGGAGGAUGGGGCGAGCAGGGUCGCGGGGGGGAUUGAGAAUGCGGGGAAGUGGAAAUAACUUUUCUGUCUUUGGGGUUUAAUGUUAUAUGUUGUAAAUAGUCUUAUUUUGAUUCACUUUUCUUUUUGUUGAGCAUGGUGUGGGUGUCGAUGUUUAGUGUAUAAGGUAAUUUGAGGAUGUAGAUGGACGGUCGGGUACAUAUAUCCUUGUUGAUCCAGAGAAUGACAUACGGAACUAUUCAGCUAUCAAUUUCCC